AUGUCAAAAACAGAUCCAAUAACAGCCCACAUCUUAGACACAAACACAGGCACACCAGCAAGUCAAGUAAUAGUUCAACUUUAUACCACAUCUCAAAAUUCAACAACAGAAAAAGAUUCACUUUUAGUAACUUCAAAACCAUUCGCAAUGGCUAAAACUGAUAAUGAUGGUCGUAUAAAAACAUGGUCAUUUGAUCCAGAUAUUGAUUAUAAAACAACUGGAAUAGUAAACAAUGAAUGGGAACAUCUUAUUCCAGGUGUUUAUAAAGCUAAAUUUUUAACUGGGAAAUAUUUUAAAAAUAAAGGUAGUGAUAGUUUUUUCCCAUUUGUUGAAAUCUUUUUUGAAAUUGAUGAUCCAAAGAAACAUUAUCAUAUUCCACUUUUAUUGAGUAAUUAUUCUUAUACUACUUAUAGAGGAUCAUAA